GUUACUACUUCACCUUGCCGUCCUACUACGUGCUGGUGAUGCGCUCCUUCGUGACGCUUGAAGGCAUAGCCUUCGCUGCGGACCCGGACUUUAACAUGUACACGACGUCAUCACCCUUUGCUCUUCGGAGGCUUCUGCUGCCACGCACCAAAACGGGCAAAGAGCUCUUGGAACAAACUCUGAUAGAGCGAAAGGAGACCGGGCCACGCCUCAGGCUGUUGUCUCUCCUACAAGGUCGGCUUAUGUACGGCAAGAGGUCCUCCAAGCAAAAUGCCAGUGGAACGGCCCGCCUGCUCGGGAUUCAGCCAUCGGCUCGGGUACGCGGAGUCUAG